ACACCUGUCGAACAAAGAUGGCUGACGUACCAGAAAAUGUCCCGGAACACUGCCCGGGUACCGCAAGUGAGCAAGCAGGAAAGUCUGCGUCAUGUCAGGGCUGCCCCAACCAGCAGCUGUGUGCAUCUGGAGCCACAAAGGCCCCGGACCCUGCUAUUGCAGAAAUUGGUGCUAAACUGUCAGCGGUCAAACACAAGAUCCUGGUGUUGUCAGGAAAAGGAGGAGUGGGGAAGAGUACCUUCAGUGCUCACCUGGCCCAUGCACUGGCAAGUGACAACACGAAGGAGGUGGCCCUCCUGGAUGUGGAUAUCUGCGGUCCGUCCAUUCCCAGGAUCAUGGGCUUGGAGGGUGAACAAGUUCAUCAGAGUGGCUCCGGCUGGUCUCCUGUGUAUGUAGAUGACAACCUGGCAGUUAUGUCUAUUGGCUUUCUGCUCAGUAGUCCUGAUGAUGCAGUGAUCUGGAGAGGACCCAAGAAAAAUGGGAUGAUCAAGCAGUUUUUAAGGGAUGUUGAUUGGGGGGAGCUGGAUUACCUCAUCCUGGACACUCCACCCGGCACCUCUGAUGAACACUUGUCAGUCGUGCAGUACCUCAGCUCCACUCAUGUUGACGGAGCGGUCAUCAUCACCACACCACAGGAGGUGUCAUUGCAGGAUGUGCGAAAGGAAAUCAGGUUCUGUCAAAAGGUUAAGCUGCCGAUCAUUGGAGUGGUGGAGAACAUGAGCGGAUUUGUCUGCCCCAAAUGCAAGAACACCUCACAGAUUUUCCCCCCAACCACCGGAGGUGCUGAGAAAAUGUGUGCGGACCUUAGUCUACCUCUGUUAGGCAAAGUGCCUUUGGACCCGAGGAUAGCACAGAGCUGUGAUGAGGGCCGGUCUUUCCUCAAUGAAGUGCCCGACUCUCCUGCAGCCAAAGCCUACCAAACUAUUGUGCAAAGUAUCCAGGACUACUGUUCUAAAAGAGUGACAGAGGUGCAGAGCACACCCUGACCCCCAUCCUGUUGGGAUUGGAAAAAACUGAGACAAGAGCGUGAUAGAAAACUGCAUCAC